GACUCUGAAACCAAACAAAAGGGUUGUUUACUUUUCCUGUUUUUACAAAAAGCCUCUUCUUCACGAGCUGAGAGUCAUUUCCUUCACUUUGACAGACGUGACGGUGCUUUCAGUCAUGAUGAGGAGCUCUGUGAUGUUUUGCCUGGCUGCCAGUUUUGCCAUGUUUGAAUUUGGUCUCUCGCUGCAGUGUUACUCCUGCCCUGACGGCUCCUCCAACAACUGUGAAGUCAAACAGGAUUGUAACCAAGGUGAAGACAGCUGCCUCAAACUCACCAGUGGUGAAAUGACCUACACUACAUGUAUGAGGAACGCAGACUGUGACUUCAUGACUUUGGCCGGCAGAUAUUCUCUCCCUGACUUUGAGUUUAACUGCUGUCAGUCAAAACUCUGCAAUGGCCAAGAAAAAAGUGCGCUUCAGAAAUUAAAGGAAUUCUUUGGUUAAGAAAUGAAAAAUAAGAACAAACUCACUUAAUUAAGUUCUGAUUUCAGUAUGUUGAUUCUUCUAUGUAUGCAGAAUUUAACUGUUGUAACACUGUUGAACAUUGUACAACACUCAAAGUCUAAAUUAAAAUAUCACCAUGAAGACGCAGGUGACGAAAUCAA